AUGAAUGACCCACCUGGUACUGUUUCGGAUGGAGAUCGCCCAACAGGAUGGGUGCGUUUGCAGCUUGAGCCGGUCGAUGUGCCAUUAGAAGCGGACGAGUCGUUGCUGCUCUCAACUGUUCAGUCAGCGAUUCCCGGUGCUCAUGGCCUCUAUUAUAAAGAAGAUGAUCAAAAGAAAGCAUUUCGUUUUGACUCUAGUACUGGAAAGUUCUAUCAAGGGCAACUGGGAUGGAAUGCGAAACCGAUUUUCGUCAAUCUGGCACAUGGAUGUCGAACACUUACACUUGGCCAGUAUGAGAGCGCAACAAAAACAUUUGAGAAAUCUGUUUCUGCGGUUGAGCGCAUGCUAGGAGCAAGUGAUUGGAGGACGGGAGCUACCGCACAGGAAGUUGACGGCACACUGAGUUUUACUGUUCACGUUCAGCAAGGAACAUCAAGAUCAAGAGAGACACGACGUUUCGAAGACAAAGAGAAAACACAUGAGAAACGACUGACAAGACCAACGAAAAGUGGUUUUGAAGCUCAAGCCGAAGCAUUGGAAGAUCAUAGUGAUGGAUCUAUCGAUUCCGCAACAUCUAAGGAACUCCUCAAGCUCCAAGAGGAAAACGAGAACUUGAAACAAGAACUGCAUACCAUCAGAGACAACUGCAGUAAAUUCGAGCACGAUGUAAAGGAGAAGGGUAAGGACCUAAUGGAGGCACGUCUUAGAAUAGAUGAACUGUUGAGAGAGAUCGAGCACAUAAAACCAACUGGAUAUUUGGACAGUUCCAUAACAGAAAGUGAACGUGCUUUGUAUACCACCACCACCGUCAUCAGCACACCUCAGAAAACACCCCUACUUGAUCUGGAAGAGUUUGUCAACUUGAAACGCGUAAAAGAAGAAGCGGAGCGCGAACUCGCUCGUGAACGUGAGAACAUCGAGCAACUAGAGAAGAUCAGGAAUGAACAGGUUGACACAAUCAGCAAGUUGGAAUGGAGCCUUGGCGAACACAAGCAUUGGCUUGAGGAUGCUAGAUCUAAAGUCAAUCAGUUAGAAGGUCAAAUCAAUGGGCAAACUGCUGAAUUUGAACGAACUCGUUCGGAUCUGCAAUCACAAAUCGAUCGUUUGCACGAAAUGAACUGUCAACUGAAAAAUGAACUGCAAAUGGAGAGAACUGAAAACGAACGUCUUAAUGCUGAACUUGAAAAACUGAAAACCACCAUUGGCGAUACACACCCCGAAGUGGGAGCGUGGGAGGACGAGAAAACUAAUCUCGGAAAGCAGAUUGAAGAACUAAAAGGACAAAUAACUGCAAAAGAGAAUGAAGCUAGUGCACUUCGUAGUGAAAAUGACUGGCUAAAGAAUGAGCUGAAAGGAAAAGACACCUACAUAAACGAGCUGAACAAACUCAAAAACGAUGCUGAAUGGAACCUCGGUGAGCACCGUCAAUGGCUGAGUGACGCAAAUAACAGGAUCAUUGCUCUGGAAGCAGAACUGCAGUCGAAAGUUGAAGAGUUGAACCAGUUACAUGCCCAGAGAAGUGCUGGUGUUGACCAAGGCCAGGAAACAAUAUCACGUUUGGAGGUGCAGAUCACUGAAGUACAAACACUGUUACAGAAAACGAAUGAAGAGAAAGACGAAAAAGAACGACAAAUUGAAGAAACUAACAAAAAAGUUCGAGACUUAACGGAUGAAGUGAACAACAAAAACAAGGAAAUUGAGGAAUUGAAGAAUGAUGCUGAACGGAAGCUUGAAGAACAUCGUCAAUGGCUGAAUGAUGCGAACAACAGAAACGACGAGCUCAGCCGUCAAGUGGAUCAGCUAAAGAAUGAACAGGAAAUCCUCAAAAAACAAAUUGAAACGGCAGACAAACUUGAAAUUUCUCAAGCGCUAACGGCGGCACCACCUGAGCCACAAGUAUUCAUUUACUAUGUUUUCUGA